AUACAGUAGUGGCGCAUUAAACAUUUCAACUUCCCACGUGUUAAUACACCCAGCGGGCAAAUAAAAACAACGCUUAAGAUAUAGGCACUCAUCGACCACAUAUUAAAAGUUUUUUUUUUUGAAAUUCUUGCAUUUGUGUGCAAUGCCUUCUUUGGACAAUGUUUUUUUUUUAGUUACUAAAGUUCUGGCGUAUGUGUUUAAGAGGUGGGGAUUGUCACUAUUCUUUCAAGACCUUUAUAUAAAUAUUGUUCAGUUGUUGUAAACUUAAUGUUUAAUAAGCGCACUUUAUUUAUUUAUAACAGGUGCAGUGUCAGCAGAAUAGUUAUUAUAUUUGUGUUUAAUUACAACUAUUUAGAAUUUUACUUAACAGUUAGUUUAGCUGUUUUGCCAAGAUUAUUUGCUUUGCUGCCCUGUACACUUUUGAUGAAGCACCACCUCCUGUGUUCCUGAUCCGCCACUGCUGAACAACUGAGGCUGAAAAUUACCCCCGAUCAUAACAACAGGUCUUUUUACGUUACUUAUUUUCUCCGGACAAUAGGUGCCCUUUCGCGCUUUUCACAAGACACCGAUCCCAUGACGACGCAGAAGUGUGGAUAAGGGAAACAGGUCGUGAAAGCAUUUACCUAAAGGGUUAAAUACAGAAAAGCGGAGUCGACAGCAGAAGACAGCAUACAACUGACAACGUUAAUUUCGAACUAGCCGGCGUUUUCGCGUUUAUUAUGUUAUUUAGACAUCGUCACUUGGAGCGCGCGUGUUUUUCAGAGAGCUGACUUCUAGAAUGAACCUAUGUAAAAUGGUAUAUAUUUUGGUGCGUGUAAAUCCAUUCAGUUCUGUUUACUUAAAAUGUCAGUGCACGUUGAAGAUUUCCCACCGCUGUAGUAUUAAGAAAGAUUACAUCGCUUCAAUGUAACUUUGCGAAUGCAGUUAAAAGUACAAUAACCUUUGCAUAACAAAAACAUUUUUUUUUCAUCUGCUGCCUGAGGCUCGACGCAUGCGCUCUAGCUGUUUGCUGUCACUAAAACAUUUUUCUUCACAUUGGAAACUGUCACGAGUGACGUCAAUCACGGAGCUCUGACCAAUUAGAACGCUCGGUGAUUGUUUGGCUCCACGGGCUGCAGCGCCUACCAUGAAUCUCUAUUCAGUAUAUCAAAGCGUCCUGCUGCUGCCUCUCAACCGAAUGGGAUUCCACGUAGGCACUGAGAUAGCAACUAAACUUUAGGGGAAGUUGAUUUUUUUCUUCUGUAUUUUUCAAAGCGAUUAAAAUAUAUUUGUCAUCAUCAUUAUUAUUAUUUUGCCUGCUGUCAGGUUAUUCUAAAAUUAGGAGUAAUGAGCGUGGAUGCUUUGGGAAGCCCUGUGAUGGACCCCGCGUUUUCCAAACGGAACACGACGCUGAGAUUAGUUGACUUGGCAGGGGCUCACCACCAUCACCAUCAUCACCACCAUACCCCUCAGAGCGUGACAGGCUUCCCGGGGUUCAGCAGCCAUCCACACUCAAUGGCUCACUCGCACCCUGGGGAGAUGACUGCGGAACCCCGCCUGGGGCCGAGUCCAUUCGGGCCAGAACACAUGGGGCACUCCGCGGCCCUCAAAAUCAGCCCAACCCAUCAUUAUCCCCACCACCAUCACCACCACAAUCAUCAUAUUGCAGGCCACACUGAAGUGGUCUCCAGUCAAACGGGAGCUUUUGGCCCGGUGCAGGCGGCGACGGUCCCGUACUCUAUGUCUCACACGGCCCAGGCGUUAUCCGCAGGUAGGGAUUUCCUCAUUCGGCGAGAUUUGACAGCUCAAGCCAUGCCCGUGCUGACCGACCAAACUUCUGGUUCAGCCUCUCACCACGGAAUGUUUGUCUCAACAACAGGUAGCUAUCCGGGACACUAUGGUCAUCACCCCGACCCCGGGAACCAUACUCUCUUUCCUGGACUUCAUCACGAGCAGCCGUCUAACGGAGCACCAGGUGGCCAAGCCUUGAACGGACAAAUAAGGUUAGGAAUACCUGCCGAAAUGUAUGUUAGGUCUGAUCAUUUGAGUCAAGUGGCGAGCUCCAGGGCGGACCCGUUUACUGGUUCUCCUCUGCACGGAUACGGCGGACUCAAUCUGAACAUGAACCUCAGCGCACACCACCACGGAGCUGGUGCCUUUUUCCGUUACAUGAGACAGCCGAUCAAGCAAGAGCUUAUUUGCAAGUGGUUGGAACCAGAGCACUCCGCGAAAAAACUUUGCUCCAAAACUUACAGCACCAUGCACGAACUCGUGACACAUGUGACUGUCGAGCACGUUGGUGGACCAGAACAAGCGAACCACAUCUGUUUUUGGGAAGAAUGUCCACGAGAGGGAAAGCCGUUUAAAGCCAAGUACAAACUUGUGAAUCAUAUCAGAGUGCACACCGGAGAGAAACCCUUUCCCUGUCCGUUUCCUGGCUGUGGAAAAGUAUUUGCCCGCUCGGAAAACUUGAAAAUCCACAAGAGGACACACACAGGUGAAAAACCUUUUAAAUGUGAAUUUGACGGCUGCGACAGAAGGUUUGCCAACAGCAGUGAUCGAAAAAAGCAUUCACACGUACACACCAGCGAUAAGCCGUACAACUGCAAAGUCAGAGGUUGUGACAAAUCGUACACGCAUCCAAGCUCUUUGAGAAAACACAUGAAGGUGCACUGCAAGUCUCCACCUCCGAGUUCGGGUUACGAAUCAUCGACUCCAUCUCUUGUUUCUCCUUCAUCGGACUUGGGACGGGAGCCAGCUCCCUCCGAGCCACUCUCAUCAUCGUCCCAGCCGGCCAAUUUAAGCGAAUGGUACGUGUGUCACAGCUCCGGUGCCAGUGGCCCUCAAACCCCACCCAGUGGUUCAUCCACACCGGGCCAUACAGAGGGGCCAAUGUAUGGCAACCAUGAACGAAGAGACGCUUUCUAAAAACAGAUAAUAUUCCUUUUUGGUAUUUUUAUUUUUGGACUGAAUGGCCACAUACUGACGCCAAGUCAGUUAAAAUAGUAAGCUUGUUUAAAAUUGCUGCCUUACUGAAUGAUGCACUGGCCCCUGACAGCUGAUGUCACUGCCUAACCACCAAUCGAUUGGAAAAAGUCACGAAUCUCUGUUUUUAAAUAGAGUACUGAUCGUACGCAUGUCGUUGUAUUAUUUUGUAAAUUUCGCGUUGAUCUUGUUAAUUUAUUUUUUAUUGGUAAAUAAUUUCUUUUUGUAUUAUUGAACCAAAGUGCUUAAUUAUUAAAUUGUAGAUAUGUAAAUUAUGACGUUUUAAUGUUUAUGUGUGAACAGUAAUUUUGUAAGGUUCGGUCCUUCAGCAUUUUUUUAAAUGUUUGCUACUAUACUUUGUACAAAAUUAAUAUUUGGGAUUAUUUGAAUUUCAUAAAGACGUAGACUUUUCCUCUCUUUUUGUGCUUUCUCCAGCCAAGCCAAUUUGAUGGAAACAGUGUUAUUGUAUUUGGUAUGAAGUUUCAUUUAUGAUUAGUCAUUAAUCAAUGUGGUUAUUUUGUGAUUUUGUAAAACUUGUCAGCAAUCCAUUUUUUAUAAAAAUACGAAUUAUCAGCAGAGACCUUAAAAUGUGUACCGAAAUGCCUUGUAACUGUCAGUAUUUUGAAUAAACUGUGUAUGACGCAAA